CUGUCAGUCUUCAGAUGACAGAGGUGCUCCUCUUCUUCAGGUUUGACGUCACUCUGCAGGAUCGACUUGGACGAAAGCCAACAGAUAUUGUGCCCCGCACAGUCAACUCCACAAGGAACUCAGGAAGAAAACUUAUGCUCCAAUAGUGGAAGAUGCAAAGACACUGAAAGAGAAAGGAAAUCGUGAAUUCCAGGGUCAGAAUUACCAAGAUGCAAUAGCUUUCUAUUCUAAGGCUAUAGAUAUAAUGAUGAACAAAGCGCAGAAGUCGGGCAGCUUGGCCAAUAUGUUCAGCGAGGAGGACGACCACAACCUGGCAGUGCUGUAUGGGAACAGAGCUGAGUGUUACCUGAAGAGGAACAUGGCACAAGAGGCACUGGAUGACAGCAAGGAGAGUGUGGCACAUGACUGCCAUUGGCAUAAGGCCCACAUGCGAGUUGGCCGAUCCCUGCAGACACUGAAGAGGACGGACCAGGCAAUAAGUGCCUUUGUGAAUGCCUACAACAGUCUGAGUUCAGAUGGUGCUGAGAAGAUUCAGAAGGAGAUCCUGGCUGAUCUGCUGAUGACUGUCAGCCAAAGUUCCAAGAUUUUGCCAGGUGAGCCAAUCCAGUUUCUGAACACUGUUCGCCGGGAAUUGUGGGCCAAGGUGGCAUAUGACAUCAUCAUGAAGACAGCUCAGUGGGGGGCAGCACACUACGCUUACAAAUUCUUUGCUGUGGCUAAGACCAACAGUGUGAAGGUGAACUAUGACCUUAAACCCUUGUGUGACCAAAACAACCUGCAACGACAUCGAUGGGGAUCUCAGCUGAUCCUCUACUUCCUGAAGUGUGAGGCCAAUCACCACACGCUCCGCUUCAAAGAGGGGGAUACAUAUCUGCAUGCUACUGUCUUCAUUGUCUUCCUUACAGCUGACAUGGAGUUGCUGAAAUGGCUGUUUGAAAAUAUUGUAAUCAAGAAAGGCGAGAUGAAUAUUGAAGAUGAGAUGGGAAACACUGCUCUACAUAUGGUUUGCUCUGCAAAGCUUCACCCUGACAUCAAAGUCCAGUUAUUGAUUUUCCUUGUUGAACAAAACAUCAGUCCACUGAUACAGAACAGAUGCAGUCAGACAGCCCUCGAUUGUGUUCCCUCCGGGGAAAAUGAAGCAAAACACAUCAUGAUGCGGGCCAUGGAAAGAGCUGUGGAUGGAAAGUCUGUAUUCCGGAAACAGAAAGGCGUCAUACAGGAACCACCCGCACCUGUCCAGAAGUCUCAUGUGCAGGAGUCCAAACAGCCUGUCCCUAAAAGCAACAAGAAGCAGGCCAAGAAGAAACAAUACACGUCACAGUGUGACCGUUGUGAAGACUCAUUUGAAACUGCCAUGAGGCUGUUGGAUGAGGAAGAGCCAGAGAAGGCUGUUGAAAAGUUUGUUGGAAUCUUGCUGAGGGAACACAAAGAAGUGAGACAUCAAGAAAUAGUAGACAAGUGCUUGAACAACAUAGUGGCUGAACUCGGGAGGACUCUCACUCCAGAUCUCCCAGAUUCCCUGAAGAAAGUCUCACCACAUAUAAUGAAAACCAUCAUGGAACGGUUCGCUGAAAAAGAUCGGUGGAGGCAUAUUGAGGCAGCAGUCAAACUGUAUGGCGCGGACAGACUACCAAAGUCAUUCGCUAAAGGCAUCUCUAUCAAGGGUCUCAUUGUAGGAAAAACUGGGGGCUCUGAGAACCAGAAACUGAAGAUCCUGUCUCUCCUGAAAUCAUAUGGAGCACAGCUGUCACCGGAGAAGGAAGCUGAUGCAAUGAAGGGGGCUAUUGCCAACAAUGAAGUGCGUGUUGUUCUCCAUCUGCUUGAGGACGGCAUCAGCCCUUCGACAAUCAGCGUGACAUAUGGUGACACCCCACUACAUGCUGCUCUUGACAUAGCCUUGGACAAGGAUAAAGGUAACUUCACGCUCCUUGAGAGACUUCUGGAACUGCACAAAUCUGAUGUAGUAAAGUUCAUCUACCUGAGCCCACGAGUUGUGAAUAGAGAGGGAGACACCCUACUUCACAUGGCUUGCAAAUGCAAGUACAACAAACAUUCCCAGAAAGCUGUGGAGUUCCUGUGUAACCAGCAGGUCCCAGCAGACGUCUGCAACAAGGAAGGCAAGAUGGCUAUACAGUACCUCACCACCAAAAAUGACAGACGAGCCCAGUUUCUGCGAGUUGUUGGAGGGAAUGUGCCAGCCACGAGGUCAAAAACUAACGACACCUUUCAGAAAAAAGCUAGUGCCGUUGGUAGAGAAAAACAGAAAAAAACAGAGAAAACUGAUUCUCAGGAAUCUUCCCCGGAAAGGAUUGAAGAGGAAGCUGAUCUUGGAGAGACAGCUGUUGAGGAUAUCCGAGUGAAAGGUGUGAACCUGGUUGGGGUUGCUCAGAGUAGGGAGAGGAUCAAGGAGAUUAUCAAUGAGAGACCAGAUCCUGAGAUUUCAAUUUUCAAGGAGAAUAAACCCGAAAAAGACAAGCCUGAUGUUUCUGCAGCAAUGGCUGCUUCAAAUAGGCUGCGGACAGAAGGACCAGAAUCAAUAAAAAAGGAAAGGACAGUAGCUGAAAGGAGGCUGGAUGAUGAAGAUGAUGAUGAUGAUGAUGAUGCAGAUGUCAAGGCAAAGUUUGAUGAAGAGGAUUUGGAUGAGGAUGAAGAAACAGAAGAGUCUGAGGUGAAUGUCAGCACAUUUGACAACCUGGCCUGGGAGGUGGAGUGUACUGCUGAUGUAUGGAAGUGUCUUCGGGACAAGCAUGUUCUCCCAGAAUUAAAACAGCGAGCUAUACGGAGAAUCCUUUUGCUAGCCAAUGGAGAGUGGAGGCCAUAUCUUCGCAAAAGGGUGACCAAUGCACCAGCCACACUGGAGCUGUAUGAAGCCAAGCUGUCGAAGGCUGCAAGGAUAAUUUGGGAGGUUGCAGUUGCUUUCUCAGCUCGGUGCAGUGAAGAAGCUGACAAGAGACUUCAGACUGAAGAGGUACAAGAAUUUGCUGUCAGAGGAGGGAGGAUCUAUUCAGAGAUCAUCCGAGUCUGGGAUAUCGUCUUUGACCAUGACAAUCUGUACAGGUCAAUCCAAAAUGUCAUCAAGUCGCACAGUAGAGGGGAGACAUGCAUCCUCAAAAAGAAGCUGAAAGGAGUUAAAGACUCCCAGUUCGAAGGAGGAACCACAAAGCGAUACCCAAUGCUCUUUGCAGAACAGGAUGAUGAUCUUAGCCUUGAGGCUGUGAGAGACAAACAGCAGAUGCUUCUGUACCCACCAGCUAGUGCCAAUGAAACAGAGUACCACAUUCUGAAGUUCUACUCAUUUUCCUCAGCACUUGUCAACAUCAUUCUUCAGAACAUUGAGCGCAAGAUUGACUUCCCAUUCCGGGUGACUGACAAGGAGGAUGCCAUUAUUCAUCUGAGAUCGAAGGCUCCGAUUCUGCUCCUUGGUAGAAGUGGAACUGGCAAGACCACAUGCUGUUUGUACAGGCUGUGGACAAGUUUCAUAUCCUACUGGGUCAUGGCUAAAGAUUCUGGGGAACCCUUCCUGCCUCGACCUGAGCGGUUCCUUGAGGAUGAGAAAUCGGAUGAAGCAGAGGAAGACACUGAGGAUGAAGAACUUGAUGACGGAGGGUCAGAUGCUGAAGCUGCUUCCAAAGAUGUUAAUAAUCCAGUGUUUGAAUGCUUGGAUGAAGAACCUGAUGAUGAGAACUAUGAUCUUGGUGGUCCUGAGUAUGACCAUCUGCAUCAGAUCUUCGUCACCAAGAACCCUGUCCUGAGCACAGAGGUUCACAAGAACUUCUACGAGCUCUGCCAUGCAUUUGAAGCGACCCAAGACCAUGCAGGAAAGGAGGCAGAAGAUCUUCCCCACAGGCUGCAGGAUGUGGAUGACUUGUGCUACCCACUGUUCCUCACAUCGAAGCAGCUGUUGAUGAUGCUGGAUGCCUCUCUUGAUCCGCCAUACUUCUUUGAGAGGAACGAAGAUGGAAGUCUUGCAGCCAGAGUACAAGGGUGGGGUACUCAAGAUGACCUGUUUGGAUUUUCCCCACUGGAACCAGACUCUGAUGAUGAGGAUGAAGAAGAAGCUGUUGACUUUGAUGAAGAAGCAGAGAAUGCUCCAGAACAGGUACACGCUGCCCCACAUCAACCGAAAAUAGACCCCAGACGAGAAGUCACUUAUGAAACCUUUUCUGAGGAAAUCUGGCCCAAAAUUCUCAAAAAGAUGUCAGUGAAUUACCACCCCUCGCUUGUGUGGACAGAAAUCAUGUCCUUCAUAAAGGGUUCUUUUGAAGCUUUGUUGAAGCCAAAUGGACAUUUGAGCAAAGAUGAAUACAUCGAGUUGGGAAAGAAGCGUGCUCCCAAUUUCACUGGUGAGAGAGACAAAGUUUAUGAACUGUACCUCAGAUAUGACCAUUUCAAGAAGCAGAAGUUCUUGUUUGAUGAAGCAGAUCUUGUCCAGAACAUCUACAAACGUCUACGAUCCAUGAAUGAACAGACAUGGGUGAUUCAUCAAUUGUAUGUAGAUGAGACCCAGGAUUUCACACAGUCUGAGCUGUGUGUUCUCCUCAGAAUUAACCAGAAUCCAAAUGAUAUGUUCCUCACUGGCGACACAGCUCAAGGAAUCAUGAGAGGAAUUUCUUUCAGAUUCAGUGACCUCAAGUCUCUGUUUUACUAUGCAAGGAAGUCUCUUCAUGCUAGGGGUCAGUUUGGAAGUGUCAAUGUACCCAAACAAAUCUAUCAGCUGACUCACAAUUACAGGUCACACGCUGGGAUUCUCUCCCUUGCUUCCUCAGUUUUGGACCUGAUGGUCGAGUUCUUCCCAGAAUCAUUUGACAGACUACAGAAAGAUCAGGGGCUUUUCCAUGGCCCACCACCUAUACUGUUGGAGUCGUGCAGUCUUGGAGACCUAGCUAUACUGUUGCAGGGCAACAAGCGGAAGACGUCCCACAUUGAAUUUGGUGCUCACCAGGCUAUUCUGGUAGUGAAUGAAUCCGUGAAGAACAACAUGCCUGAGGAGCUGAGCCACGGCAUCAUACUCACCAUCUACGAGGCGAAGGGGCUGGAGUUUGAUGAUGUCCUGUUGUACAACUUCUUCAAGGACUCACAGGCGAUGAAAGAGUGGCGAGUUGUUACAUCAUUCUUGGAACAAAUUGCAAAAUGUCAUGAAGAUGAAAGAACAGAAAAUCUUGUCAUCAUUGAUGAAGAAAUCUUAAAGCAGCCAAAGAGGCCUCGACCUUUGAACUUUGACCCCAACCAACAUAAGGUCCUGAACUCUGAACUGAAGCAUCUGUACACAGCCUUGACUAGAGCACGUGUGAAUGUGUGGAUCUUUGAUGAAGAUGAAGAGAAGCGGGCUCCAAUGUUUGAAUACUUCAAGGCAAGGAAGCUGGUCAGAUGUAUUACAGAAGCCUCGAUGAAUGCCCAUGCUGGUAUGGAGGAGACAAUGUUUGCUGAGAAGUCGACACCGGAUGACUGGGUGAAACGUGUCGAUGAGAUGAUGAGCCGGUGUCUCUACGAGGUGGCGGCCAAGUGCUACAGGAUGGGGGGCAAUGAGACCAAGGAGAAGAUAGCCAGAGCCCACAAUCAAGCCUUGAAAGCUUCCAGGAUGAAGGACAACCCCAAGAAGAUGAAGGACGAGUUUGUCUAUGCUGCGGAGAAGUUUCUGGAGAGUGGCAAUGACAACAAGGCUGCCCUCUGUCUGCAGAAUGCUCGAGAAUAUGAGCUUGCAGCUGCCUUGUUUGAGAAAUGUGGACAGUUGUUUGAUGCUGCCAAGAUGUUCCGAAGAUGCAAGAAACACGUCGAUGCAAGUCGGUGUUACGAACAGCUGGGGAACUACCACAAAGCUAUCGAGGUCCUAGACAACGAAGAGCUGUAUGACCAAGCUAUUGACUGCCUGGAGAGACACAAACUGGUCAAUAAGUCUGCUUAAACUCAGCUUUCUCCUGCACCUCAAGUCACGAUUGAUAAAACUCCAGGCAUAAGCUUCACUGUAGCCAGACUGAGUUACAAGGCAGCCAACUUCUACCACAAGUACAAGAAUGAAGCCAAGAUGGUGGAAGCCCUGGAACGCUUGCCUAGAGUUGCAGACCAACUUGACUUCCUCACAAAGCGGUCCUAUGUGGAGCAAGCAGCAACAAUACUUGUACAGGAUGGGAAGACAACUGAAGCAGCACGCAUGAUGCUUCAGCAUGGGAAGUGUGAGAAGGCACUGGACUUUGCUCUGCAAGGAGAUGACCAGGAUGUUCUUGGGGACUGCCACUACGCCCAGGCCCUGGCUCUCAUGUCCUCGAAAGAAGGAUUUGACCAACAAAAAAUCUUGGAGCACCUCACUAGUGCCCGUGAUGCAUACAUGUCGGUAGACAAAGUUGACAGCGUUGGGAUUACCUGUUUGGCUCUGGCUAGCUUAAAAAUUGACCUAGAAACUGCAAAGAAAGCUUUUCAUAAUUUCCAAAAUGUCAAACCAUUUGCUAAUGAAGCUGGAAUGCUGGAGUCCCUAGAUCUUGUUGUGGACAUGUCACUCAUGGAUGAAGCUUUUGCUGACAUGCAGGCUGUUGUCCGUGGUGUUGACUCCUUGUUCAAUGUGAUGAAAGCUCUGUUGAAACCAACAUCAAACGAGGAGAAGGCUAGAUGUCAGCUGUAUUUGCAGUUCUAUGGGCUACAUGAGAAGGAUGUCAACACUCUGAUCGUCUACCCAAAGCAGAAACCCAGAUGUGUCAGGAUUAUUCCGGACUUCUAUGCCAACAAGCAGGAGAAGAAACAGCCAUCUGUUGAAAAGGAAAAGAAGAAGAUAUGUGUGAUGCUCAGCUUUCACCUUGCAGACAUGUUGAAAAAUUGGAUCAACUCCAGCCGAGAUUCUCUCAGGAGUCAUGUCUCUCAACGACUCCAGUGUAAGUCACACAUGGAAGGAGAAGUGUGUCCCGACGAAGAAUACUGCCCUUACCUACACAAAGACUACAACAGACACUUGGCAUUCAACGCUCUGGAGGCACUGCUCUGGGAAGUCAACCUGGACAGUAUUCUUCAAUCUGGAGCUCUUACCAUUAAAGGAAUCAAGAUUACAGGUUUGGAGACUGAAAUGAAAAACCUGUACAAGCGAAUCAACUCUUUAAUCGAUGAAUCAACAAGAUUUGAUUCUUGUGAGAGGCUGUUGGACUUCUUGAUCCCAGAACAUCAUCAUUUGAGGAAUCUCACUGAAAAUGAUGCUGUCAUUAGGAAGUUGUUAAGUCGGUUGUCGUUUGGAAAAGUGGGAGCUCAGGUUCGAAGAUUUCUAGAGAACUCUUGGAAAUUUUCAGAAAAGAACAUCGUUGACACCUUAGAAAAAAGAUCAAAAAGCACAGACUGGUUUGUGAGAGCAACACUCUUUUCAUCACUCUUUAGGUUGAAAAUAGAUAUUGAGAAGUACUGUUAUCAGCUUGAAGGUGAUCUGAUGAAGCAUACUCCAAGAUGGUUGGAUAAGCGCAGAAAGUAUGCUCUCAAAGCAGAUUUCCAUCACCGUACUUUAACAGUAGUCUGUAUAGGAAGAAGAUUCUUUGAUGUGCAUCAGUGGUUGCAAGACAGUCCAGUGAAGGCCAUAAUGGAAUAUGCAAAGUUUGUCAAACUUAUGGGUGAUCGGGCCAGGCUUUCUGUAUUCCCAAAGAUGCCACUGUUCCUGUUUUGGCAGGAGGUCUUUGUGUGUAUUUCCUUCUUCUGCAUUGCAAAACUCUCCCCAGGCACCAUGAAGUUUGUUCUCCCAGCAACCUAUCUUGCUACCAUCCCAUUAGUAAAUGCUACUUUUACAAAGGGUGACAUCAGAAUACAGGAGUUGGUUCACGCAAUAUAUGACAGGAGAGACAACCUUCAAAUCGUUAAGGAUCGCUUUGUACAGAUAGUAGGCAUGCUGUGUGGGUCAAGAAUGAAUCUUCUAAGUAUGAUCUUCAAACCAAGAAAGGAAGGAGCGGACAUACAAUAUCUUCAAGCAGAGCGACUGCUUGUCCUGGCAUUAGUUCUCCUGACCAAUGUCGGGUCAUUUGUUCCUGUUGACCUGGAAAGUCAACUCAUGUCCACUAUCAUGAAACUGAGUCUUCCUGACGAUGCUCCUUGUAGACUGACGCAGUGCCUCCAAGCAGUGAAACGGUCAAGAGGUAUUGCUGACAUUGUGGCUGUUCUGAGGGACCUUCUUCUGCAGAGAGAGGAUGAGUUCCUCUUGUCCUGUUACUGGAAGUGGGACAACCAGAGACGACAGGGAGCCCAGUUCCAACAAGUACCCAACCUGGAUAGCUUCUCUGUAGGAUUUCACAUGUUUGACCCAGAGAAUAUGGAGUCUGGAAAUGAGAUGCCUCUGAACUUUGAAGAGGAGGAGGAAGAACUGGGUCUCACGCCAGAGGAGGCUCAGAAAAAACUUGAAGAGAAUAAACAAUAUCAGGAGAAUCUUAGGAGAGACAAAGCAACCAAGAAACUGCAGCGAUUCUUCAGGUGGCUGACCUUCAAAGAUAGAUUGGAAUCUGGCAACUUUAUCAGGAUGUGCUUGUCUCAAGAAAUAAAGGACACCUUUGCUCCUUUUGAAGUGACUAAGAAAAUGUGCGGAGUUUGUGGAACACCCUUCCAGACAGAAGAACUUGCCAUGAAGGAUUUGGAGGAAGAGAUGACAGAUGCAGAGGAGGCCAUGGGAAGACACAGUCCAGACUCAUUUUUGUCAAUGAGCCUUGGAGGAAGGGGCAUGUCGAGCCCAGGAAAAUCUUCCACACCAUUGGAGUCCCACAGGACAACAACUGAACAUAUCCAAAAGAAGUUCCAGUUUGAGGGAUUUAGACGUUUAUAUGAUGACUUCUUUGCCAAGAAGGUCCCAGAGAUGAGGAAGUUUAUUGCCAAAACAAAGUUACGAGACCAGAACUUCACUUCAGAACACUACCCUGACCAGGCUCUUGAUGUGUCACGACUGACUUCUCAGAAUGGAUGAAGUGCUCGACAUGCUUAAUGUCAUCCUUCGUGACCGCAAAUGGGAUCAGACACAAAAGCUGA